AUGCGUUCUCUUAGCCUAAACAAAUUUGUAAGCAGUAAACUUGAACGCCUGCUACAAAAGCUGACGAUACUUUGCAAAACAGUUUUGCUUGAGAACAAGAACAUGAAUUGCACAUGCAAACGGUCCGCCAAGGUGCCUUCCAUGUGUUUGCCAGUUCAGCAAUUCAAGAAGAGGAAGAAACGGCGAGCGAAAAUGGAGGAGCAACAAAAAACCAGACCUUGUCAUUCGGGAAAAAAUUCACUGCGUCGGAAUGGGAAAAAGGUCAAAGAGUGCAAAUCUGCAGUUCCUUCACAUAAGAAAGCUGCUGCUGUAAGCACCUUGCAGUUCAGCACUUUGAAUGCUGACUUGAAGACUUAUCAUUGUCCUGGGUGCGCAGCACUUGUUUAUGGUCAAGAACAUUUCAAUGAUCACUGCUGCACAGCACAUGGUGAACAGUUCGCUGUUCAAAAUGCACGUUUUACUUCAGAAGACGAUUUCUACAUCUGGAAGAAACGUUUAGAACAUGAACAACAUAGUUCCUGGAAAGUUGGAGAGCGCCACAACUUUGGUCCAAUUUUGACCAUACAUUUCGUUUGCGACAGUGUCCGUGAACUAAGUGCCAAUAAGAAUCCUCAACUUUGCACGUCUUUCAUCAGAGCAACCUUUCAUAAGGAAGUCGCAGUUCGUUUUUGUGUUGUUCACUUCGGUCAUCCGAGGAAACAUGAGCACGAAAAAGUUUCGGUUACUCGCCCAUUUUGCAUCAAAGAGGAGCCAGAAACUCCUGCCUUCGAGUCAGCUUCUCCACAAACGAUGCAGAACGAAACGAGGGACGCCUUACCUACCGACAGCCGUGGAAACACACUCAUAUCAAAUCCAACUCGUGCACAGGAUGACUGGACAAAGAUUUUGGAUGCAGCUCUGGCAGAUCCAUCACUUCCUGUUCAUUACAAAAUGCUGAUUCGAUGUUUAGUAGCUAGUAACAGGGAUUUGAAAAAUGUUAUUGAUACGAUGAGAUCUGGUAGAAGCGCUUUGGUUCAUUAUAUCCAAACAUAUCGAAUCUCAGACGUUCACUCGAAAAUGCUCAGAUGUGAAGGGAAAGGAAUUCGAGGUUUUUUGGACGAGCUUGGUGAGGAGAUCAAUCAUUACCGGUUCGGUUUCUUUCGCCAAAGUGGUGUUGAAUUGUUGAAAGCAGUUGUACUUGAUGAGCUCCUCGUACGCAUCUCUGGAACUGAGACUGACAGGGUCCUGACAGCGGCUAUAUUUUACUGCCAGCAGUGUGUCAGCGAAUCCGGUUUCCAAGAGGGAUUGAGAAAUAUAUUUCCACAGCGUCUGUCCAGCGCACAAAAGUUUAUGAGGAGAGGUAUGGCCAGCGUACAACAAGUGCAGAAGUUCUUGGAAGAAACCGCCAGUGUCUUUCCCCGCGGAUUUCUUGGUGCUGCAAACACUGCAAACCUUGUGCGGCUUACUUCCGUUGCGAUUUCGUCUUGGAGUCUCAACAAGGCCCUGGUGAUCUCUAAGCUUCCAUUGAAAACGUUGGAAUGUGAUGCAUGUCGUGCACUUCGUUCGCGGCAGAUAGUAUUGUCUGUGCCUUUGUCAGUGCUGCAGCGACAGCUGUUAAUCAAAUUAGCACGCUUUUUGACCAAGUUUAUGCUAGUGAAUUUACUGGAUUUUGUUCAGUUUUACGCAGCUUCACCCACUUUCCCGUACUUGCACUACGACAGGACUAAUUUUGUAUUCUGGACUGAACUCGAGAAACGAAAGUUUGUAAGGGAUUACGACGUGCGACUUGGCGACCAUGUUGAAAUUAUCGACUCUGUACUCAGCGCUUACUCGACUCCAUGUAGGACUGUUUUGCGUGCCACGUUCGAACACGGAAACGCGAGAAAAAGCGAGAUGAAGAUUUUGGCAGCUUGUCUUGAUGGUUACAUCGAGGCAGCCGGUUUGAAGCCAGCUGGAGCUCUAAAAUUGGAAGUGGUACGGUUGCAUAGAUUUUUGAAAAGGUGUACCACAAGACGCAGAUGUGGGAGGGGUAGAGGUGUUUCGAGACAAUCACGCAGGCUUUUCUUUGCUAAAGCAGAUAUCUCCAACUGCUUUGCAGCUGUAGAUAGAGUCAUUCUGGAAAUGGCAUUGCGAAAACUUGUGGGCACUCGAGCAAUGUUCAUCGCAUUUGGAUUUUGUGAGACCAAUGACCGUAAAAAAGUUUGCAUUGCCAAAGCUGCGGCGACUGCUGAGGCAGCUAUGAAUUUGAUGUUUCGAGCAGUGACGCGAAAAGGUUUGCGAACCUCUUCGCAGAAUCGAGUGACUAUCGAGAUGCGCCAGAGCAUGGAGGUGGUAGACACUAUAAUGGGACUAUUGAGCGAUAUUAGGUUGAAGCUAGACAGUACCGAUGCGAUCUACACAAUGCAAAAAGGCGUUCCACAAGGAUUCGAGCUGUCGUGCCGUCUAGCUCACAUUUACUUGCUAUAUUUUGAGCAUAUGACAUGGAACAGAAUGUCCAGUCAAACUUGUGUACUUCGUUAUGUUGAUGACUACCUGGUUUGCUCGUAUUCGAAGAGAGGAGUACUGGAGAUCCUACAGAGAUUGCAAACUCAGAAUGAUUUCGGAGUAAUGGCGAGGUUGAACAAAUGUCAGGCUUCCUUUGCGAUUUCAAACGUGUUGAGGAGUGGACGUUACAUAAAUUGGUGUGGAUACGUUGUUGAUACGAAAAAAUUGGAGGUUCUACAGCAGAGAUCGGACAUGCAACUUCUUCGGAUGAAAAGAGGAUUGCCGGUUGCAGAACAUAUUCGGAGGCGUAAACUCUUACGAAGAAUGCGUGCGAGACUGACUAGAUCACAUAAAGCAUGCUUUUGCUACAUUGAGUGUCUCUCAUGGUGCUGA